AUGGCUGCUUCCAAGAACGUUGCGUUGGUCUUUGGAGCCAGCGGUAUCUCCGGCUGGGCUGUCACCAAAUGCGCGCUCUCAUACCCUACGUCCACCACGUUUGACAGAGUGAUCGGCUUGACGAAUAGGCCGCUACCUCUGGAGAAAAGUGGCUUACCGCAGGAUCCUCGACUGGAGCUGUAUCACGGAGUGAAUUUACGAGAGAGUCUUGAUGAUGUGAGGUCUCAAUUGCAAGAGAGGGUUCCCAACCUGCAAGAUGUCACCCAUGUCUAUUAUCUUGCCUACUCCAAUGCAACAGCCUACUCCGUGGAUGUAAUGGCCAUCCGAAAUAUCAAUGAGAAGAUGACCUAUAAUGCCGUACACGCCGUCGACCAGCUGUGCAAGAAUCUGGAGUUCUUCGUGCUUCAGACUGGAACAAACAACUACGGAGUCGCCGUAUUCCGCUUCCAAGAACACAUCAAGAUCAACCCUCCCUUGCGCGAAGACAACCCACGCAUCCCUCCCCCCUGGGGCGACGAGAUCUUCUACUACGCGCAAGUCGACCUAAUCAAGAGAGCCAACAAAGGAAAAUCCUGGAAAUGGUGCGAAGUCCGCCCCGACCAGAUCAUCGGCCACGUCCCCAUACCCACAAGCAUGACAUACGUCGAGCCCAUCGCGCUGUAUCUAAUGCUCUUCCGCUACGUCAACGGCCCUGGCGCCACCGUCGUCUUCCCAGGACCUUACACAAACUACACCCACACAUACACGCCAUCCUCGCAGGACAUCAUCGCCCGUUCGGAGCUGUUCCUCUCCGUGGAGAAACCAGACCAGGCACACGGGGAGGCAUUCAACACAGCGGACAGCGCGACCCCGAUGCCCUGGACGCUCGUGUGGCCGAAACUAUGCGAGUACUUCGGCCUGAACGGCGAAGGCGCCAGUCCCGAGGAUAAGGGGUGGAAGGACAUUGAUAAGUGGUGGGUCGCGCACCAGGGCGAGUAUAGGAAGAUGUGCGAAGAGUACGGUUUAAAUACUCGUGAUAUUCCGGAAGCAACGUGGAUUUUUCUUUCUGCUGGCUUUAGCUUUCUGGGGAGAGAUCGUGAGCUGAGUUUGGAUAAGAUCCGGAGUGUGGGCUUUACUGAGGAGUAUCCGGUUGCGCAUGGGUAUUUCCGUGUGUUUGAGCGGUUGGUUGAGGAGAAGAUUCUUCUUGGCACGGAGGGUUGGGGUAAAUAG